GGAUUUACACCUAGCGAGUUCCUCCAGAACACAAGCUGAUGACGAUUUGGAUAUGAUUUUAUUUCGCUGACAUUCUCAUAUUCACACAGCGACAUUUUUUGCUGAUUUGAGCCGUAUUUGCACCUGGAGGACGGAGGAAUUGUGCCACAUUGGAGCUUUCCGGUGCGCGUCAGCGGGCGACACAAAAGACUACCCACACGCAAGGUUCAGCCGUUUCCUGAAUACCCAUCCUCACGUGGCAUAAAUGAGAUAUUAACAGCUGGUGAAUUUAUAACCUGUUCUCACAGAUCAUAAUAAACCCAGAAACGUGUUCUGUGGAGUCGGUGGCCCUGAGGCGCGCACAAAUCCCUCUGAUGUGGAUCUGUCACACUUUGUCAGUCUUUUAAAUGGCUAAAUCCGGAAAUCUUCUACCGACUGGACUCUAUUUGAGGAGUUAAAACUUUUGCUGUUUGUGUCUCGAACGACGCUUCCCACUUCUACACCAAUUAUGACCGAAAACAAUGAGAUGGAGUGCGACUCGGAGCUCCAGCGCUCUCCAAGCAAUAUGCCCAUCCAACCAGUGACUUCCAAGCUCCAGAGACUAAAACGCUCAUUGUCCUUCAAGACCAUGAUGCGCAGUAAGAGCGUGGAGAACUUCUUCCAAAGGUCCUACAGCGAUGCCCGCCUGCCCCAGGAUUUCAUCACGGACCCGCCGCCUCUCCCCCCUCUGAUGCCUGGCUCCCCACUUGUUGGUGACCGGUCACCAUCAAUUUCACCAUCUCGCAGUCCCAACCCCUCCAUCUCCUCCCACUCGCCCUCACUCAGCCUUUCUCCAUCACUCCCCGCCAAGCCUCCCCGACCCCAGAUUACCCACUGUUUCCAGGACCACAUCUUUCGAAAGCCCACCAACUGCCAGCAUUGCAAGCACAUGAUAGUAGGAAACUCCAAACAAGCUCUACGGUGUAAAACGUGCAAGAUGGCUGCUCACCUGUGGUGCACCUCAGAACUAUCGCAGCAGCCGUGUCAUGGGAAGUCGGGAGCAUUCAAGCGAAACUUCAGCUCGCCGAUGCUCGUCAAUGACCAGUUGGCUGUCGUCAAGGAAGUUCAGCCAAGCCAAGAGGCACCGCGGAUGCGAGUAGACCCUGUGUAUGCCGCCUUGCGCUACGGGACGUCCUUGGCACAGAUGAGUCGCUCCAGUUUUGGCAGUUUGUCAGAAUCACCAACGCGCAGCUUGGGUGAGGGAGGAGAGGAGAGGCAACAGAGACAGUCCAGCAUGGAGGAAGAAUUAACUCAGGAGACAGGGGAUGAUCCUAUCCCCGAGCCAGAGAUCGAAAAGGAGGUAGACGAGAGCAGCGAACAAACUCAGACUGCAGAGGAGAAGGUGCCCAAGCGCAUUGAAGUCCACUCUAUCCACACCUAUGUAGCGCUCUACAAGUUUCUGCCUCAGGAACCAAAUGACCUGGAACUACAUCCUGGUGAUCGGGUGCAGGUCACUGACGACUCUAAUGAGGAGUGGUGGAAGGGUAAAUGUGGGGACAAAGUUGGUUUUUUCCCUGCCAACUUUGUGCAAAGGGUCCGACCCGGAGAGAGAGUGUGGCGGGUUAUUCAGGGCAAUCCCGGCAACCGAGAGAGAGGACACAUGGCUGUGAGGGAAUCCCAGAUUUGUGUGGGGAAACGAGAAGAGGGUGAGGUGUUUCUAAAGCUGAGCAGUGGAAAGAAGAAAGGGCUGGUCCCAGCUGAUUCCAUAGAGGAGAUUUGAACCUUUGUGCACAGACCACCAUCUUUCCACAUCUACUUUCCCCAGGGAUGCACCCAUUUUAAAACUACCCCUCUUCUGCCUCAUUCCCCUGGCUAAACAACUGCUCCAGCUUCUCCAACUGGUCAGCCAAACACAGAAAAACUAAAAACAUAAUACACACUUCUGCAAGGAUCUGGAACCACAGCCCCUCAUAAACACAUGGUUUCCAGCUCAGCUGGUUGAUUGUAAGCCUUUAAUGGAGGGGGCAGUUAUGCAAUUGCCCUGCUCUAGUUCUCUUGUAGGUUUAUCUUUUCAAAGCCAAUAAAUCGAUGUUUAGUAGACAAGGGUGGUCAAAAAUGCUUUAAAAUGUCUGCUGGAUGCCAGCUCAGAUUUAGUUUUUCCUCAUCAAAAAGACGUCUACCAGCGUGGGAGGAGGCUGAAUCCUGUCAUGGGAACAUGAUGCUUCUAUCAGUGUCCUUUUCUUGUUUCUACCCACUCCGUGUGUCUCAUUCCUAUCUGCUAAUUUCAGGGUCUCUGCCCUGGGGACUGAUAUCAGCUUCGUGUAGACUGCUACAACAAUAGGCACUUGCCAAGAACAACCACUGCCAGCUAUGGAAAGCUACUGCCAUUUAGACAGACGGCAGGAUAGGAUGAAAGGAAUACACCAGAUCUGAAAAUUGUCUGUAGUUUCUGGCUGAGUUACGACUGCACUCAAUGAUUUGAGAGUGCAAAAAGAAGAGGUUUUUCACACAAAAAUCAAAAACUGAUUCUUUUCAUUAUGAAAUGACAAUUAAAGUAUGC